AUGGCGACCCCUGCGGACUCAUCCGACACUUUGAUUAUAACUCCCUCCCCCGCGCACAUGUCCCCAGCCAAGGCCCUCUCCAUCGAAAUGAGCACCGUUUCUCCUGAAUCCCCGGCCCCCGGCGUACCAAAGCUCCUCCGCGAAGCCAGCGACAUUACAUGGCAAGAAAGCCUCGAAUCGACGAAAGACCAAGUCAUCCUUGUUCGCCGAGGCGGUCGAUUCCACCUCCUCCAACAACAGCAAUUCAAGAACAGUUUGCUUGCAAGUGUCGGAUACCUCGAGCUUGCCAAUGCGGGCGACUUUGCUGCAAAUGUCUGGAAUGAGAUUCCAGUGCCUAGGUUCGCUGCUGUCCUGAUGGGGAUUGGUGGCACCCUGGCGCUGGGGAUGGUGUUGCUUGCUAUUGCGGAUUGUCGCUUGAGUUGGAAGAAUGUCAAGGUACUACGGGCUGAGAAAGACCACCUCCAACGACUACGACAAUACCAUGAUAAGAAUGCCGAGCUGGCUCGGUUGAUUGAUAGCCGGCUGGGUGUAUCGAAACGUGAGAUUGGAACGGAGUUGGUCGAUCGGAUUGUCAUGGAUGUUUUAAUGGGAUUUGGAUCGAUGCUGGUUGGCGUGGGCACUCUGAUGGCAAUCGGAGGUGCCAACCCCAAAGUUUUCAAAGCAAGUAAUUUGCUUUCUGGGUACAUUGGAAAUGGCCUAGCGGCCGUCUUUGGUCUUGCAAAUGCAGUCUGGUCUGGGUAUUUGAUCCAUCGAUUCCGCAUGCAUGAUGCUGCGACUUUUGCUCGCGAGCCGAGCGAUGAGAUUCGUCGCCGGCUCCACACCCGCUUCCGCCGCUUCCAAUGGCAUGCCAGCAUCAACGGGCUGAAUGGCCUUGUUGCCGGCGCUGCUUCAAUGGUCACCGCCGAAAGGUGGUGGGGAUAUGUCGUGUUGAUACCUUGUAUCAUCUCCCUCAUUCUAUGCAAUUACUUCUGGCGAAAAAAGAUCGGCUAUGAUCGGCCGGUGUUCGGGCACACUUCCCCAGCCAGGAUUCAAUUUACUCCGCUCAUAGAAGAUUUGGAAUAUGUCAUUCUCAUGCAACGGGGCCUGGCCGAGCCCGAAAACUCUUUACCACAGGCUAUCGUCCAACUUGAUUCCCUGGAGUCCAUUUUGCGAUUCAUUGUUCGAGAACGCAUGCUGGAGACGUACUGCGAGUCACUCGCUCGGAACAAGAAAACUCGGCAUCUCCUCAAGGAGCUCCCUUCAGAAAAAGAAUCCCCCGACCAAAUUACCAUUUCCCUUGAAGCACUCUUCCGCCUCUCCUCAAACCACGAACAAACCAUCUUGGCGCACGCCAAGAAAUUCCUCCAGACAACCGGCGUUCUCAUAUUCACACACCGUGAACGCCAUCUCCUCGAAUUACUGGGCUUCGCCAUCUGGCAGGAUCAGAUGAACGAAGCGAAAGAUCAAAUAGAGCAAUCUUAA